AUGCAAGAAUGGUAAAUGAAAGAAGAACCUGAAUCUUUAGUUUGUUGUAAACAUUAAGCUUAAAUUAAAUAUGUGCUCACUAAUAAGGGUUUGAUAGGAAAAGAUAAACUUAAAUGUCAAUACUGCUUAGAAGAAAAACAUAAUCCAUAGCAACUCUACACUAUAACUUAAGCCAUAGUAAAGAUUUAGAAUAAUAAGAAUGAUGAAUAUGUUGAAUAAUAAAGAAUAAUCAAAGAUAAUUUGAUGACACUUUAUGAUCAUAUAGAAGGUAUUACAAAAUUUAGGUAAGAUGCAUUAUAAUUUAUUAAUGGUAUACAGGAUGCACUUAAUAACUAUAAAGAAGAAUUAAAAUAGGGAUUAAAUAUAUCUAAAACUUUUAGCUUUUUUUAAGAAUUAGAUUUUAUUGAAACAAGUCCUUAGAUUUUAAAGAUUCGGUAAGAUGCACAUCAAAAUAUUUAAAAUUUAAGACAUAAAUAUUCAGAAAAAAUAGUAAAAAAUAUAUAUAAUUUACAAAAUCUAAUUAGUAGUAAUUAUGAAUUAAAUCAACUAAUUUAAAUGUUUAAUAAAAGGACAGAUGUUCAACUAUCUCCUAUAAAAGUUUAAAAUUAUAUGAACAGUUAGAUGAGAAAUUUGGAAAAAAUUGAAUUUAAACAAGGUCUGAUACCUGAAAUUAUAUUUAAAGGUAAAAACUCUGAAAUAAUUGAUGCAUAUAAACCUUUAUAUCAUUAAAAGGAAAAAAUCAUAUCUUCAAAAUUGAAGUAAAUAUGGCCACAUUUAGAUAAAUGUCAGGCAAUAUCAUUUAAUUACGAUGAUUCAAUAUUUGCUGCUGCUUGUAAUAGAGAAAUUAAUUUAUGGAAAUUAUAAGAUGGUACAAUUAUUAAUCUUAUUGAUACUUUAUAAGAUCAUUCUUAAGAAAUUUAGACUUUAAUAUUUAGUAAAUAGAAAAAUUGGUUAUUUUCAGCUGGGAAAGAUCGUUCGAUUAUUUUAUGGAAACCAAUUAGAGUUUUCACUUUUAAUUUAUUCAAUUUUUUUAAUAAAAAACAGUAAUAAUUAAAUGCCCAUCAAGAUUCAAUUAUAUAACUAAUUUUGGAUGAAACAGAAAAUUAAUUAAUUUCUUGUAGUUCAGAUAAUUAGAUUUCAAUUUGGAAUGUAAAUUAUUAAAGAAAUUCUAUUUAAUUUGAAUAUUCUUUGUAACGCCAUAAACGCCCUGUUAUUUCAAUUAGUUUAAGUUAAAAUAAUAAUUUAUUGGUAUCUAGCGGUUUGGAUAAAUAAAUAAUUGUAUGGUAGUUGGACAAAAAUAAAAAAUGGAAAUUUAAAUAAGUAAUAGAACAAUCAGAAAAAGAUUUUGGUUGUAGAUUAAGCUUUAUAUCUAAUGAUAUUAUAAUAUGGUAAUCAUUCAAAUUAGGAGUAACUAAUAUUUCUAAGGAAGAAAACGGUUUAUUUAAAGAGUUGCCUAAUUCUAGAUUGGAUCUUGCUAAGAAUGAAGAGAAUGAUGGAGAUUAUUCUUUCCCAUCAAUUUUUAAUUAUGAAAAAUAACUUUUAAUUUAAAAAUAUCAUAAAAGUAUUUAUUUCAUUACUUUAAACUAUUAAAAUAAUUUAAAAGUUUAAGAAGAAUAAAUUAUAUUUGAUGAUGAACAAUUUUGUGGGAAUUUAUCAAAUGAUGGUAAAUAUUUUGCUGUUUGGAGUCAAUAAAAAUUUAAUAUUUAUGAAAUUUUUGAAUAAGAGUGA